UCUGCGCAUGGAGCGGAGAGGGGGGGCAAUAAGCGGCUCCUUGGCAAGAUGGCGGCGUCUCUAUUGAGAAUAGCCAGCCGGCGCUGCCUCCGUGUUCAUCUCGGAUCGGGGCUCUCCAUGCGACAUGUGGUCCCCAUGGCAACAACGGCAAAGGAGGAAAUGGCCCAAUUCUGGGACAAGAACACCCGGUCCAACCGCCCACUGUCCCCCCAUGUCACCAUCUACAAUUGGUCUCUGCCCAUGAUGAUGUCCAUUACCCACCGGGGUACGGGAGUUGCGAUGAGCUUAGGGGUGUCGCUCUUUGGCUUGAGUGCUCUGGUCCUUCCGGGACACUUUGGCGACUACCUGGAGCUGGUCAAGUCCCUUAGCCUGGGUCCGGCCAUCAUCUACUCUGCAAAGUUUGCCUUGGCUUUCCCUUUGACCUACCACACCUGGAAUGGAAUCCGGCACCUGGCGUGGGACCUGGGCAAAGGGUUCAAGAUCCCUCAGGUCUACCAAUCUGGAGUCCUGGUCCUAGUCCUGACGGUUUUGUCCUCCAUCGGGAUUGCGGCAAUGUGAACCCGGGCAGGACGGCUCCCAUCUUCUCCCUCCGCCCCUUGAAGUCCUGACUUCUUCCAUCUCCUCAGCAGUACGGUUCAUUAGACCUUUGGGAGUGAUGGCACCAGUUCUGUGGCUAAAGAAACUGUUGUGGGCUGGGAUGCGGUUUGCAAAUCGGCACGUAAUUAGUUGUAAAUUGAAAUGAGGAGGCUCUUUCGCCUUCUCUUAAAUCCGCCCAGAUUAUUGUAGAACCUCCUGUUUUUGUGAUAUCCCAUAAUAUUGCCAGGUGGAGUUCAGGGGAAGUUUCCCCAGCUGAGGCCUGAGGCUGUAGAAGUCCAAGAACAGCAGAGUACUGAUUGGCUGAGAAUCUAACAUGCCCACAAUGCACUGUGAGGCAUGACUUUUCUUGUUCGUUCGUUCGUUCUUUCUUUCUUCUCUCCCCACUCCUCCCAAGGCUUGAGACAAUACCAAUCUUUGUACCCAAUAGCACAGUGUGUGAGCGAGCGUGUGGGUAUCGUUUGAGAAGGACAACGGUCUCCAUUGAUGGCCAAACUGGGCAAGAGCAAGUACGUUCAGCCUAGCCCACCUCCAGUCGCCGUCCUGUGCCCCACCUUUAUCCCCAGAACGCUCACGGCGAGACCUUCGGCCUGUAGCCUGUGGCUGAGCCUCCUGCCGUGUGCUGAGGUUGCUAUGCCAACGUGCUGAGAUGCCUCAUUGUGUUCUUUGUAGGUGUGGGCCGCCAAGCAGCCCCCCGCCAGCUGCCAGCCAAGGCCAGGGGGUUGUGGAGGAAGUGAUGUCAUUCUCGCUUAGGAUGUUGGGACACGGUCUCUGUUGGGUGGGAAAGUGGGGCUUAUUUAAUUCGAACCUUUCCCAUCUGACGCUUGCCUUUCUUCCACCAAAAGCCAUCCUUGGAGACGUUUCCAGCCAAGCCAAUCAGUCUCCACUCCGGUGUGUAUAUAUAAGCCCAAACUUUGCCAUCCUGUCUUCAAACGAUUGAAGCCGGACGGCCUCUUCCCGGCAAAUGACCCAACUUUUCCCUCUUGGCUAUUGGGUAACCAUUGAUUUGGUUUUAUAAAGUUCUUGCUCUUUCUAUACAUAAAUAAAAUGGCCUCAGCCUUUGGUGCAGCAGGCAAAAGUG